GAUCAGUGUAGUUGAACUGUUUGUUGAGAGUUGAGACCCGAGAGAGCACCGGAGAGAGAGGGCGCCGCAAUGGAGGGUUCCGGUGCUCAACCUGUCGGCGGCGCGGCGGCGGCGGCGGCGGCGCCGAAGCGGAACAACAUGGACUACACCCUCGCGGCGCUGAAGCUCUUCGGUUGCCAGCUGGCCGGCGCCACCGAGGCCCCUCCCUCGGAGUCGGACGGCACCUCGCAGGCCCAGAUGCUCUACGGCAUCCGCUUCCAGCGCGUCUGGCUCCAGGGCGUGGUGGUGCUGGCGGACUACCGCGACGGCGCCGGGCACAUUCUUGUGGAUGACGGCUCCUGCGUCGCCGAGAUCACGCUCACACCGAAGGAGGCCGAGGGGCAGCCAUGGCGAGAAGGCAUGUAUGUGAUGGUUCUUGGGUCAUAUAGUGGAAAGGAAUCUCUUCCUCGGGCCAAUCGGCCAGUGAUUAAGGUGCAUAAGCUAGUCGAUCUUUCCGCGCAGCCCGACCGUGAAUCAAUGUGGUACAUGGAAGUAGUUGAGGCCUUCAACUUCUUUUACUUGCAGUUCUCGGCUGCUAGCCCACUGAUGAAGCGCUAGUGUCCCUGACCUCUUGUUCUCUCCAGUGCUCAGAUGCUUCGUUUGGCUGUAGGCCUGUAGGCUGUAGCCCUUCCUAACACUUGUCCAGUGCCUAUUUUUAACGGGUAGUUUUUGUUAGGGCUAAUAUGUACUCCUUCGAGCAUCUCACAUUGUGGUCGUUCAUGUCGUGGAUGGGUUUAUUUGGGAGACGUAAACUUUUAUCCCAAAGAAACUUGUCCAGAGUAAUACUAACCUUUCAUGUUGGUAAAAGAGAAUGAAUUCUCAGAUGCACUCAGAAAUCCUUUUUGUGCCAUUGAUAACAUGAAAGAAAUCUGCAAACUUUUUUA